AAAUUUUUCUUAAAUGCAGGCUAGGACAGAUCAGCAUCCUGGGAGACAAACUGGUCAAGAAGUGUCUGGGUUACAAUCUCCCAUGUGACUUGCUCUCACACUGGUGAAGAUCCGCUUCAGCAGUCUCUCAGCCCAGAAGGCGGGCAGUGGAACAGGAGCCAAUCGGCGUUGAGGGGCGGGCCGUAUGAACUGUCCAAUCAGGUGGCCCUGGCGGGAGGGCUCUGUUUCCUGGCGGCAAAACCACAGAUCCUGAGUUCAAUGCUGAGAGCUGCCGUACCCUGGUAGACCACCUUGCUUUAGGAUUUCUGUUGGCUGCAGACUGCGUGGGAAGGACCCGGGAGACCCUGUAGCCACGCAAUGGUGACGUUGUGGGACGGAAGGCAGUGACCUUUGAUGAUGUGGCUGUGAACUUCACCAUGGAGGAGUGGGCUUUGUUGGAUCCAUCCCAGAAGAAGCUCUACAGAGAUGUGAUGUGGGAAAACUUUAGAAAUGUGACUGCUAUAGGAAGAAACUGGGACAACCAGCAAAUUGAAGAUCAGUACAAAAAUUACAGGAAUAAUCUAAGAAGUGCAGAGGUAAAUAAAUGCUGUCAAUAUAACACUGGACUCAAAUCAUGUGUGCUUCAUGGAUUUGAACAGAAGCUCUUUAAGUGUAACAGACAUAGGAAAACAUCAGCUGACUUUCAGUCCUUGCAAAAACAUGCAAUGACAAAUCCUGAAGAAAAACCUUAUGGAUAUAAGCAAUGGGGAAAAUGCUACUAUGAUUGCGCUGAAGAACAAUCUUUUGUGUAUAAGCGAAAUGUGAGAUCAUUCAGUACACCCAACUUUGUUCAAAUCCAGGAAAGAAAUCACAGUAAGGUGAAUACUUGUAUACAAUGGAGGACAGAUUUGAAUUCUCACCAUGAUAUUCAGAAACAUGAAAGAACUCACACUGGAACAAAAGCCAUUGUCCAUAAACACAGUUGGAAAUCCAUAAAUAAUAACACUUCAUUUGGUAAUCAUGAAGAAACUCUCAUUGGAGGAAAACUCUAUGUAUGUAAGCAAUAUGGGAAAACUUUGAAUGCACAGAGUCAUUGUCAAACACAUAAACAAACUCACACUGGGGAGAAAUCCUGUGUAUGCAAGCAAUAUGGGAAAGCUUUCAGCAAAUGGAGUCACUGUCAAAGACAUCAACGAACUCACACUGGGGAAAAAUCUUACAUAUGUAAGCAAUGUGGGAAAGCUUUCAGGACGAAGAGUAAUUGUCAAAUACAUGAAAGGAUCCACACUGGGGAGAAACCCUAUGUAUGUAAGCAGUGUGGGAAAGCUUUCACCACACACAGUUCUUGUCGAAUACAUGGAAGGACCCACACUGGGGAGAAGCCCUAUGUAUGUAAGCAGUGUGGGAAAGCUUUCAGCAUACGCAGGAAUUGUCAAAUACAUGAAAGGACCCACACUGGGGAGAAACCCUAUGUAUGUAAGCAAUGUGGGAAAGCUUUCACCACACAUGGCUCUUGUCAAAUACAUGAAAGAACUCACACUGGGGAGAAGCCCUAUGUUUGUAAGGAAUGUGGGAAAGCUUUCACCACACACAGUUCUUGUCAAAUACAUGGAAGGACCCACACUGGGGAGAAACCCUAUGUAUGUAAGCAGUGUGGGAAAGCUUUCCGCACACAUAGUGAAUGUAAAAAACACAAAAUGACUCACACUGGGGAGAAACCCUAUAUAUGUAAGCAAUGUGGAAGAGCUUUCAGCAGACAAAGUUCUUGUCAAAUACAUGAAAGGACUCACACUGGGGAGAGACCCUAUGUAUGUAAGCAUUGUGGGAAGGCUUUCACCACAUACAGUUCUUGUCAAAUACAUGAACGGAUCCACACAAAAGUGAAACCCUAUGUAUGUAACCAAUGUGGGAAAGCGUUCAGCACACACAGUGAAUGUAAAAAACAUGAAAGGACUCACACUGGGGAGAAACCUUAUAUAUGUAGGCAGUGUGGGAAAGCGUUCAGCACACACAGGAGUUGUCAAAGACAUGAAAUAAAUCACACAGUGUAGAAACUAUGCAAUCAGUAUGGAAAAGCCUUUCAGUUAUUCUAGUAAUCAUAGAUGCUUAAAAAUUAAGAGAGGAAAUUAACUUUGAAUAUACAAAGUGACUUGCACUGAAAACAAAAGACAGUGCACAAAAGCCCUUUUCUUUGUAGCCAACAUUAAAAACAAAAACUUUGAGUACACAGGUAUUAGUACAUACUUGAAAGACUAUAGAGCAGAAUCUGAAUGUAUGUGAACAGUGUUGGGAAUGUUUUCUUUUCCUCAGUGCAUUCAAAUUCAUGAAUGAAUUCACAUAAGAGAGAGGCCAUAUGUAUGCAUUAAAUGUGGGAAAUUCUUCCAUUUUUCCACUUACCUUGAAAAACAUGAAAAGAGCCUAGUAAAUAAUGUGUGAAAGCUUUUUAUGAUUCUCGUAACAUCAGGAAACAUGCAGAAACUCAAAGUGAGAUUUAGCAUAAAUACUGAAUUUGAGAAAACAGGAUCAGAGUGAGAGGUGUGUUAGAAAUGAGAUACACUUUCAAAGCACACAUGCAGAGGCAGUUUUCCUCCAACAUGUCUGUGAAUGCAGUGAUGAGGUUGGAAAAUGCACAAUAAUAUUAAAUUCAGGAUAACAAAACACUUUGCAUCCAAGUCUUUAGUACAUGGCCUUUAAGGGACACGUUCCAUGUGAACCAUUAUUUAGUUGUAUGGGUAAAGUGAAGCUUAUUCAUACAAUGAAAUUUUAUUUAGUUUUAAAAGAAAGCCUUUCAUUUGUGAUAAUGUAGUUUAACCUAGAGGUCAUUAUGUAUAAUAUGCCAGGCAUAGACAAAUUAAAGCUUGAUUAUGUUUCUAGCAUCUAAAAUUGACAACAGAAGAAUCAGUGAGUUUAGUGAUAGUUGACACAUGUGGUUGGGGAAGUUGAGAGAUGUUAAUGAGAAACAGUUUUUAUUUUAUAGAAUGCAAAAUGGCAUAAAUCCUAUAGUGAUUACAGUGACUGAUAACAGCACCACAUAGAAUUACAAUUUGAUAAAAGUUUUUAGUGUUUUCUCCAUAUGCCCAAAAGGUAAUUGUGCUGGAUGAUGCAAAUGCUCUCAAGGAAGAAUGUGCUAAUUUCACAAUAUAAACAGUGACAAACUGCACUGUA